UCUCUCUCAUUUAGGUGGCUGCUGCGGCUCGACGAAGAAGCGAACAAUUGUCGGCGGCUGGGCCUGGGCCUGGUGGCUGGUGACGGACGUGCAGCGGCUCUCGCUGAACGUGAUGACGCUGAAUCCGAUGUGCGAGAACGUGGAGACCGCUCAGGGCGUACCGCUGACGGUGACUGGCGUGGCGCAGUGCAAGAUCAUGAAGAUGAUGAAUGUUUAUUAUUUUCAUCAUCAGGCCGACGAGCUGCUAGGCACGGCCAGCGAACAAUUCCUGGGCAAGAGCGUCAAGGAGAUCAAGCAGACCAUUCUGCAAACCCUGGAAGGACAUCUGCGCGCCAUAUUGGGAACGCUUACAGUCGAAGAAGUCUACAAAGAUCGCGACCAGUUCGCUGCGCUUGUGCGCGAGGUAGCCGCACCGGAUGUCGGCCGCAUGGGCAUCGAGAUUCUGUCCUUUACCAUCAAGGAUGUCUACGAUGAUGUGCAGUACUUGGCCUCGCUGGGCAAGGCGCAGACGGCGGUGGUGAAGCGUGACGCCGAUGCGGGCGUGGCGGAGGCCAAUCGUGACGCUGGCAUCAGGGAGGCCGAGUGCGAGAAGAGCGCCAUGGAUGUGAAGUACUCGACGGACACGAAAAUCGAGGACAAUACGCGCAUGUACAAGCUGCAGAAGGCUAACUUCGAUCAGGAGAUCAACACGGCCAAGGCCGAGUCGCAGCUGGCCUACGAGCUGCAGGCGGCCAAGAUACGCCAGCGCAUCCGAAACGAGGAGAUCCAGAUCGACGUGGUCGAGCGCCGCAAGCAGAUCGAGAUCGAGUCCCAGGAAGUGCAGCGCAAGGACCGCGAGCUCAUCGGCACCGUCAAGCUGCCCGCCGAGGCCGAGGCCUAUCGCGUGCAGACAAUCGCCCAGGGCAAACAAUGUCAGACCAUUGAGAGCGCCAGAGCCGAGGCGGAGCGCAUACGGAAGAUCGGCGCGGCGGAAGCUCACGCCAUCGAGCUGGUGGGCAAGGCGGAGGCGGAGCGCAUGCGAAUAAAGGCGAAUGUCUAUAAGCAGUACGGCGAUGCUGCCAUCAUGAACAUAGUGCUCGAGUCGCUGCCCAAGAUCGCCGCAGAGGUGGCGGCUCCAUUGGCCAAGACGGAUGAGAUCGUCCUGAUCGGAGGCAACGACAAUCUGACCAACGAUGUGACACGCCUGGUGGCCCAGCUGCCGCCCUCGAUCAAUGCGCUCACCGGGGUGGAUCUCUCCAAGGUGCUGUCCAAGAUACCCGGAGCCAAGGCGUGAAACCCGAUCGAAUGGGAUGUGCAGCAAAUGGCAAUGACAACGUAACCCCAAAAGGAAUUGCAACUGGAAAUGACAAAACGAGAAGGACAAAGAGAAGAAGAAAACGAGAGAGUAAGAGAGAGAGAGAGAGAGGGAGAGAGGCAACCAAAAACGAGAACGAUAGAGAGAGAAGAAGAACGCAUUUGUUAGAGCGAGCUGGCGAGCGCAUUGGAAGCAUCAAUGGAAUCGAACGAUAAUCUUACAUAUACAUACAUAUACAUAUACAUAUAUAUUGAUUGCGAUAUAUGUAUAUAUAUAUAACAAAAUGUACUCCGAUAUUAUGUGUGUCAGUGUGUGUGUGUGUGCAACAAAAGGAAAAGCAAAGCAAAGCAAAGAUACCCCCCACCCACCAAGAAGACCUCUGGGAGUAGUUUGACAAAGCAAAUGACAAAUCCGAUCAAACUAAAGCUACUGCUAAAUAUAUAUAUUUAAAAGAAAAAAAGAAUUAAGCAUUUCGCACGCAUUCGCAAACGCAUUUUGUGGCCUUUUCUCGAUAAAUAAGCAGAAAUUACCGAUAAAUAAAAAAAAAAACAAUUAUACCAAAAAA